AUGCACAUCGGAGAGAAAACAUUUGAAUGUUCAGAAUGUGGAAAGUGUUUCUCACAUAGUACAAGUCUUACUCAACACCAGAGGACUCACACAGGAGAGACACCAUUUAAAUGUUCAGAAUGUGGAAAGUGCUUCUCACAUAGUACAAGUCUUACUCAACACCACAAGACUCACACAGGAGAGAAACCAUUUAAAUGUUCAGAAUGUGGAAAGUGCUUCUCACAUAGUACAAGUCUUACUCAACACCACAAGACUCACACAGGAGAGAAACCAUUUAAAUGUUCAGAAUGUGGAAAGUGCUUCUUACAUAGUACAAAUCUUACUAAACACCACAAGACUCACACAGAAGAGAAACCAUUUCAAUGUUCAGAAUGUGGAGAGUCCUUCUCACAGAGUACAAGUCUUACUCAACACCACAAGACUCACACAGGAGAGAAACCAUUUAAAUGUUCAGAAUGUGGAAAGUGCUUCUUACAUAGUACAAAUCUUACUAAACACCACAAGACUCACACAGAAGAGAAACCAUUUCAAUGUUCAGAAUGUGGCAAGUGCUUCUCACAAAGUUCUACUCAUACUCGACACCACAAGACUCACACAGGAGAGAAACCAUUUAAAUGUUCAGAAUGUGGCAAGUGCUUCUCACAGAGUUCUAAUCUUAUGUCUCAUCAGAGGAUUCACACAGGAGAUAAACCAUUUAAAUGUUCAGAAUGUGGAAAGUGCUUCUCAACAAGUUCACAUCUUACUCAACACCAGAGGACUCACACAGGAGACAAACCAUUUCAAUGUUCAGAAUGUGGAAAGUGCUUCUCACAGAGUUCUAAUCUUACUCAACACCAGAGGACUCACACAGGAGACAAACCAUUUCAAUGUUCAGAAUGUGGAAAGUGCUUCUCACAGAGUUCUCAUCGUAUGCAUCAUCAGAGGAUUCACACAGGAGAGAAACUACAUAGAGAAUGUGGCAAGGAGUUUUCAUAG